AAACAUCCAAGUAGUUCUGAGCCCAUCAUUUUUAUUCAUCACACGGUGCAGCUAGGACUACGUUUAUUACAAGAGUCCUUCCCUCCACCACCACCAAAACAAGUCACUGGCGAUUUGAGGGAGAUUUGGCUGUCAUUUCCAGCCUCAGUCUGAGUCGCUCUCUCUCUCUCUCUCUGUUGUUGCCAUGGUCAUCAUCGAUGCGUAGUUAUCAAUAUGUCAACCAUAUGGUCGUCGAUAUUGCGACAGUCGAAGACGAAGACGAGGAGGUGGUAGGAAGCAUAUUACCGCCAGAGUCACAGAUAAAUGGUCAAUGGUCAACCAUUGGUCAAGAUUCGGUUGUUUAUUUCAUGUCUGAUGGAAGAUGUUACCUACCAAGUAUGUUCUUCACCAGGAAAGUCUAGAAUAAUUUGAGGACACCACCAAUGGCAGAUUAUGGCACCUUACAGGUCAAGACACACUCGGUACUGGACGACUAUAUAAUCUACUGGAAAGAGAAGUUAGGUAGUGGCAGCAAUGGACCCGUCAGGUUGUGUAAGAAAAAGGCAACGUCAGAGAGGUUUGCCGUCAAGUGUCUCCCAGAUUGCCUACAAACCAGGACAGAAGCGAAGAUUCACAUCCUGUGUAGCAAUCACCCACAUAUCGUGACCGUCUACGAUGUCUAUGUGAACAACAUCCAGUUCCCAGGAGAAUGUCAUCCCAAACCUCGUCUCUUAAUGAUAAUGGAAUUGAUGGAGGGAGGAGAGUUAUUUGACCGAAUCAGCAGAGAAAGAUGUUUCACAGAGAAAAGAGCCACCUUUUAUUUAAAACAGAUCACCUCUGCCAUCAAAAGAUGCCACAGUCAAAAUAUAGCACACAGGGAUUUGAAACCUGAAAACCUGCUGCUAAAAGACAAUUCUGCUGAUGCUUUAGUGAAGCUGACAGACUUUGGUUUUGCAAAGUUUGAUAAUGGUAAAUUAAUGACGCCACAUUUCACCCCAUACUAUGUUGCUCCGCAGGUAUUAGAAGCUUACUUGUUCCAGAACCAGAUAAAACAUGGUAUUAUACAGACCUCAAAGCCAUGUAUGUAUGACAAGAGUUGUGAUAUGUGGAGUCUUGGAGUGAUCCUGUAUAUAAUGUUGUGUGGUUAUCCCCCGUUUUACUCAGAAACUCCCUCGCGUCCCCUAAGCUUGGCAAUGCGUCGGAAAAUCCUCACUGGUCAGUACGACUUCCCAGAACAGGACUGGGAGUUCAUCUCAAAUUCGGCUAAGGACAUUGUACAGAGCUUGCUACAUGUUGAUCCUGCCCAAAGAAUGACCGUUGGCCAGCUGGAGCAAACUCUAUGGCUGAAUGAGAAUGCUCCAGACACCAUUCUUCAGUCUCCGUGCAUAAUAGCCAACAAGACCGUCCACGAGGACAUCAAAAUGGUGCAUUCUGAUUACCUGUCUACGAUGCGUCAGUCUGCGAACCACGUUAAGUUGAAGCCAAUCGAGGACGUCACAAACCCCAUCAUACAGAAGAGACAGCUCAGGAACGAAUCAGAAAGUGAAUUGACAGAGAAGCACGUGAGAACAGUAACGAAAAAUAACACCGAGAACAUUAAGCUAAAGGCUCUUCGUGAUAUCAUAGCGUAUUGCAUACUGCCCUCAGCAGUGGAAGAAGAUGAGAAAACCAUCACCAAUCUGACCAUCCGUACUUUGUACCUCAAUAACAACAAUACAGCUUUGCUGGACAUCUUCAAAUUGUGGGAUUGGGAUGGUGAGAAAUUCAACCAGAAAGUGGACCGCAAGCUGCUGGCCCGACAUCUCAGUGAUUUGUUAUUACUGCAGCCAUCGCCCUCCCAGCCCCAGUUGAACCUUUCCCUGCCGUUGACGGCAACAACAUCACCGACAAUAUCAGCGGCGACAACGGCAGCACUACCACAGCAACCCGACGGUCAGGAUCAGGAUCGGCCGUCCUCGGCGUCCCCACCCCCGACGGCCUCCUCCCCUCCUCCGCCACCAGCGCCGCCGCCGCCGCCCCUCCCUCCUCCUCCUCCUCCCCCUCCCCUGCCGUCGACGUCGAGGUUGUCCCUGUCGCCUGGCUCGCCCCUCUCCUCCCCGUCCCUCUGCUCCUUCGCCUCGCCGCCGACCUCCUCCUACAUCUCGCCGGCCUCCUACACCUCCCCGUCCUACCCGUGCUCCACGCUGUCCCCUUCCUCGUGCGAGACGUCGCUCGACGUGCCGCCCAGUCCUCCCUCGUUGUCGCUCGACGUGCCGCCCAGUCCUCCCUCGUUGUCGCUCUCCCCGGCCACGCCGCCUCCCGGCGACCCUGGCAGCCCGUCUGGUACGAUCCUGCCAGCCACCGUCUACGUGGCUUCCGCCGCCGCCGCCGACAUCCCCGCCGUGACCACCACCACUGACUGUUCAUCUGCCACCACCGUCAGUGCCAACACCACAAUGAACACUGCCUCCGCCACCAUCACCACCACCACCACCAUCGGUGACAGUACCAUAACUAUUACCACUGGUACCACAACCGAUGA